AUGGACAUCAUCGAUGGCAAAGGCCAGGGGCUUCUGAUGCUGUUGCACGGCGGUCCAGGGACAGGGAAGACAUUGACAGCAGAGAGUAUUGCGGAAAUGCAAGAGAGGCCGCUCUAUCGAGUGACCUGCGGUGACAUUGGUAUCGAGCCCAAAGAGGUGGAAGAGGUAACUCUCCUUGGCAAGACUUGGGGAUGCGGUAUGGUGGUUCUUCUCGACGAGGCAGACGUUUUUCUAGAAGAACGUUCUUUCACAGACCAAAAGCGCAAUGCGAUCAUUUCCAUCUUUCUCCGAGUACUCGAAUACUACGACGGGAUCCUCAUCCUAACGACAAACCGCGUCGGCAGCUUCGACGAAGCCUUCAAGUCACGCAUCCACCUGGCGCUCGCCUACCCCAAGCUCAACGAGGAGGACCGGUUGAAGAUCUGGCAAAACUUCAUGCAGAUGCUCCCGCGGUCCGGAGAACGCGUCGACAUGGACGACUUGAGGAUGAACCUGCCCAAGCUGGCACGCAUCGAGGUCAACGGGCGGCAGAUCCGCAACGUCGUCACCAUGGCGCGGCACUUGGCCAAGUACCGUGGUGAGAUGUUGCGCGCCAAACACAUGCAGGAUGCGGUGCGGUCGGUGGAGAAGUUCAACGAGUAUCUGAGUGAUGUGAAGGGCAUCCAGGAUGAUGAAAGGGCCCGGGGGCUUACGUUACGGUGA